AUGUGGAGCAAGAAAAAACUAGAGAUAUUUGUAGUAAUGAGCAUAGUUGCAGCCGUGAUGCUCUCUGUCCUGAAAGUUGUGAUACUUGUGAACUACAAAGUCGGGGGGUUGCUGAUGUUGAUCUCAAGCUUCAUAAAAAUGGCUAUUUCAUAUCUAAACAUGCAAUCAUUUGAUUUCAAGAUGAAGUAUACAUUUAUUGUUGCAAGUUUAAGUUUUCUUGGUGGUUAUCUGGGGGUGCUUUCGUACUAUUCAAAAGCAUCAUCGACAUCAUAUGUGAUCUCUUCUGAUCUCCAAUAUCUUUUUACUGCACUCAUAGCCAUAAUCUGGAAUGGAACAAAGUACUCAUACACCCAAUACAUUGGGCUCCUAAUGGUUCUAGGAGGGUUUCUUAUAGAGAUAUCUUCGGGAGAAUCUCUCUCCAUUCCACUCCACAUGUUCAUUGGAUCUUUAUCAGGGUUGUUUGGAGCCGUCAGCCUAGCAGUGUUUGAAGCCAAGAUAAAGCCUACUCUUGUGGACUUUAAGAAGUUCUGGUGCUAUAUGACAACAUAUGGGUUCUUUCUCACCCUGUUUUCCUUGUUCUAUAUGACAGAAGAGGCGCUUUCGCAGAAAUCUACCUAUGUCAAGAUAGUCUCGUCUCCAGGCAUAUACCUUGUGCUUCUUAUGGAGAUAGUAACAACAUAUCUGCUAUCCGAGAUUUCUUUGUUUCUGGACAAAGUGGAGAAGUCCACGCUUCUCAACGUGAUCACAGGCUUUUCGGCAAUUGUCACCGACUUGUAUCUGUGCAGAGAGAUAGACGUACAACGGUUCUUGGCGUUUUCCUUCACUGUGAUCGGCGUCCAAGUAUUUAAUUUCUUUUGGAAGGAAAGCGUUCAACCGUUUGAGCAAGCAUGUACAUCAUAG